AUGGUUCAGUUCUCCGAAGAGACCAAGCGAGCCGCGGCCGCAACUCUUGAAGUACAUACUCUCACGCUCCACUCUCACUUGUGUCUCGAUCUUAUUACCUUGUGUAAAGUGUCCGUCCUUUCGUUUCAGAUAGUUGAUUCUAGAGCAAAUUUAUUGUAUUUAAAAAAACGGGCGAACUUCAUCCUUGACCUCACCGAGAUCCAAACAACCAACACCAACAACACCACUGCCACCUCAGUCUUCGAGAAAAAUAGAAAGACCGUUUCGUGGCUCUGGGGAGAGCCGAAGGGUCCUCUACGGACUUCUCAAAAGGAGUCCAUGAAUGGUAACCAUGGCCUGUCGCCAUCAGUUGUCGAGACAAUAGCUGGCUUCGCCGCUGGCAUUUCGUCAACCCUCGUGGUUCACCCCCUCGAUGUGAUCAAGACGAGACUCCAAGUGGACCGUUUCUCCACCUCGCGAAUUGGCAGCUCGCUCCGCAUCGCUCGCAGCAUCGUGCAAAAUGAGGGUGGCAUCGUAACUGGCUUCUAUCGGGGCCUCACACCAAAUAUCGUGGGGAAUUCAGUGAGCUGGGGUUUGUAUUUCCUCUGGUAUAGCAAUAUUAAGGACACCCUACAUGUCUUGCACGGGUCAAGGAAGGAAGAAGGGUUGGGAUCGUUGGAUUACUUCGCCGCAUCUGGGGCUGCAGCUUUUCUCACCAAUCCGAUCUGGGUCAUAAAAACCCGCAUGCUCUCCACCGGCUCACAAGUCCCUGGCGCCUACCCCUCUCUUGUUGCAGGUGCGCGCUCCAUAUACCGUUCUGAAGGAGUUAUGGGUUUCUACCGCGGCAUGAUCCCCGCCCUAUUCGGCGUGAGCCACGGUGCCCUCCAGUUCAUGUCCUACGAAAAACUCAAACAAUGCCGUGCAGCGCCGUCAUUUGUCGUCGGCAUGUCUGGAAACGGAAACGUAAAUGGAGGUACGACAACCAAAGACCUCAAACUAGGCAACAUGGAUUAUCUUGUUCUCUCCGGCACGUCCAAGGUAUUCGCUGGCUGCGUGACGUAUCCGUACCAGGUGCUUAAAGCCCGCCUGCAGACGUACGAUGCAGCUGGAACGUAUCGCGGAGUGAUAGAUGCGAUCGGCCAGAUAUGGCGCAGAGAACGUGUGAUGGGGUUUUAUAAAGGGUUGGGACCAAAUUUGCUGCGUGUGUUGCCAAGUACCUGGGUCACUUUUUUGGUUUAUGAAAAUGUUAGGAUUCAUUUGUCGAUGGGUCCGGUAGUGUGA